AUGGCAACAUACCCCACCCCGGACACGCCCUCCACCCGCCGCGACGAAUCCACCGCCAGCUACCUAGAACGCCUCUCCAGCACCGUGGUAACCGCCAUCAACGACCGCGACUUCAACUUCACCUCCCCGGAAGCCCAAACCUUCCUCUCCCACGUCUCCCCGCACUGGCGCGGCGAAAUCGACACCUUCGCCCAGAAGCGCGAAAUCGCCUCCUUCGACCAACAACGCGCCAUGUGGAAGCAGCGCGCGGAUGAGAAUCCGAAUGUUCACUUCGAGAUUGUGCAUUUGUGGUCGUAUGUGAAUGAGGAGGUUGGUUUGGCGAAUGUGUAUAUGAAUAUGGAGGUUACGGGGGUUGGGGGUGAGGGGGUGAAGUUGCAUGCGAUGAAUGAGUUGAAGUGGAAGAGGUUUAAUGACUCGGGAGGGAACGCCGACAAGAAGACGGUAUCAGCAGAUUCUGUCAACAAGAAGACUUCGAAAGAUGUCGUCGAAAGAGCAGUCGACCGGAGAUACGCAAAGACUGCGGGCACAUAUUCGCAGCAAUCCUUGGGCGACCCGAAACAGCAAUCUGAUGAAGUCAAGCCUCGACGCCCAGAGCUCCCAUUAUGGAACCGAUUGAACAACACCGACCCAUGA